UUCACCCACAUUAAUGUAUCGCAAGUUAGUAUAUCGCACAAAACCCAACCAUUCUUUCUUGGCAUAUGGAUGCGCCAAAUCAAUGAGAACCGCUUCAGGGUGUUUGGUUUUUAUUCAACCCUCCUUAUGAGAAAAAAAAAAAAGGUUUUUAUUCAACCCUAGAGAUCGAGGGACGCAAACAACUAUAACCCUCUGAAAGGGGCUCACGACCUACUUUUCCUUUAUCUGCCCUUCUUCGUUUUUUGUUUGAGUGUGUGUGGGCGGUAGGAAUGAUUGGAUGAUCAAUCGGGUUUGUUCAAAUUUGAUUGCUGGCGAGAAAUUUUUCUAAUUUUAGUUCCAAAUAGGCAGAUUUGGAACUGCAACAGGGUCAUUGAAAGGAAGAUAGAUGUCUGAACAGGAUAAUGAUGAAAUUUUUGGAAAUAACAGCCCAGACGAUACCUGCUGGCUUUAUUCCCUAUCUGAUUCCGAGCUCGACUUUCUGAUUAGCUUAAAAAUGUUGGCCAUUCAUCGUGCAAAAGUUAUUGGGCAUGAAGAUCUAGCUGAUAAAUUUGAUCUCAAAAUGCUUAGGGCCCUUGGACUCGUUUUGACGGAGUAUCUAAAUGGAUGUUGUGAGAAUACAUCAGCUAUUUCGUUCCUGAUAGACUCUUCAACAUUAUUAGAUGGCUCCAAUUUAUUAAUGAAUCUCAAGGACAGCUUUGCUUCUGUGAAAAGUGAAGACAUAAGGGAAUUAAUUGAUACACAGUCAAAAAAAAAGAACAGUAGAAAGAGCUCAAGACGAAACAGUUCUUGGUCGUACGAGGAAAUGGAAAACUGAAGGGUCAUAACCUUUUAGUCUGCUUAAAAUGUUAUCAUACUGAGAUGAAUGAGCUCGGGCAGUCAUCCUUUUGUUGUUGUGGCAAGAUGCAAUGGUACGUUGGAGUAGCAUCUUGGUCUGUUGGAACAGAAAAUCUCACAUAGGAUAAGGGAUAUUUGAAGCCAUUUGUCAUCUUCAAUGCAUCCAUUCCAGUUGGUUGGAUGGGUGGUCAUUUUGCUGUCUGCUAAUGUUUUAUUGCAUUGCUCUUGGAUCAGCAAAGUUAUGAAGGCAUGCUUACUUGCUUGACUGUC